AUGCCUGUGACGAACUUCACCGUCCAGGAAAAAUACCAAUACCUUGAAGGAUUUGGCAAUCAUCAGCAGUCGGAAGCAUUUCCUGGUGCCAGUCCAGUAGCAUGCAACAAUCCUCAGAGGCCGCCGUUCGGGCUGGUUACCGAGCGCAUCUCUGGAAGCUCGUUUACCUCGCCUCGCAGCCACACUCUGCAGACGUGGCUUUAUCGAGCAAAAUCCUCCUUAGUACAUAGCGAAUUCAAACCUUAUGGCAACAAAAUGAAGACUCCAAAAGCGCACAUGACGCCCAAUGCUCUGCGAUGGAUGUCUUUUCCUGUGGAACCAGGGGCUGAUUGGACAAAGACUGCCCUGCUGGCGUACUCUGGAGACGCAGCCACCAAGACUGGGCUGGCGGUUUAUCUUUACGCAAUCACAGAGGAUAUGGAAACUGCGCACGCCUUCUCCUCACUCGACGGCGACAUGCUCAUCAUCCCGCAAUCGGGAACAAUCGAUGUGCAAACCGAAAUGGGAAACCUUUUGGUGCGACAGAACGAAAUCGCAAUGAUUCCUCGAGGAGUCCGUCACCGAGUCACUCUCCCCUGCGGCCCUUCGCGGGGGUUCAUCUGUGAGUUGUUCCAGGGACACUUUCGCCUACCCGAGUUGGGACCUAUCGGAUCAUGCUCAUUAGCGAACAUCCGUGACUUUCAAGUUCCGGUCGCGGCAUUUGAUGGAAAGCUUCAAGCCGGGCGCGCCCUGGGAAACGACAGAACGUGGACCAUUAUUUCACGAUUAGGGGGAAACCUGUUUAGCUGCACUCAGGAUCAUACUCCUUUCGACGUCGCGGCUUGGAAUGGGACAUUUUACCCGUUCAAAUACGACCUUGCACGGUUCUGCGUGCUCGGGAACACCCUGUUCGACCACGCCGAUCCGAGCAUAUUCACGGUUCUGACUGCACCCUCUUACCGUGAGCCUGGGACCGCCGUCGUGGACUUCGCAAUAAUACCUCCACGUUGGAACGUGAUGGAAAACACUUACUGGUUGCCCUACUAUCACCGAAACACCAUGACCGAGCUCUCUGGGGCAAUCAUAACGAAUCAGGAUCCCAGCAGUCCGUGGAACCAAGGCCUUAAUUUUCAACCUUACGGUGCAACGUUGAAUUCGGGGAUGGCAUGCCACGGUGCGAACAGUGACGCCCAUCGAGCAGCCGAGGAACAGGAAACGACUCCCAAAAAGGUCCAGAACGAAGGUUUCACCAUCUUCUUGCUCGAGACCGAGUGUCCCUUGUGGGUUUCCGAUUGGGCUGUAGAGUGCAGGGAUGUUUUGAAAACCAGGGAGGAAAAAGCGAAGCCCAAAAUGUGA